AUGUCCCGUAACGAGUCCACAUGGUUGACCCUUCGAGCUGGCCUCGAAGAAAUUUUCCUCCAAGAACACCACCAGUCAUACACUGUACUUCACAAUUUCCAAUACCCGGGCAAACAGACACCACAAAUGAUUGCGUUGAUUGGGCAGCAAACAAAAAGUCUCUCAAUGCAUAAGUUGAGAUUCGGAUUGCAGAGCCAAGACGACAAUAGUGGCGAAAUUCAUCUGCGGGCAGAUCAGGAUAGCCUUAAACACCAAUCGCCAAUACUUUUUGCAGAUUGCGAGUUACACAACUCAUUAACUAUCGAUUAUACUGGCUCUGAAAAGCUUACUAGGGAUAUCGUCCGGAGACCGCUAAAGUGGCAUAAUCCCGUUUCCCGCGGAGCUGAUCCCCUCCUCUUGGCCCAUAUGUUAUAUGCAAAACUCAUAGCUCCUUUUAGUACAGUUAUCUGUUUCUUUGCUGAGGACUUUGGCGGUCUCCCGCUAGUUGCGAAAGUACUCGCAUCAUGGCUUAUAAGCUUUAGUAAUCGACCCUCCGACCUCCCUGCAUCAACUCAUUCCCGCGUCUUAAUCCUUACAAGGGGGGAGGACUCGGUAAAUUUCGACGAACAGACCGCUACAAGAAGAUUUAUACUAGAACUGGGAAGGGAAUCCGAGAGACAUUUGGGAAACUGGACAGGUAGAAGCAGUGGCAAGGCGAAACAAGCCGAGCUCAGCCGGCUGCUACUUGCUCAAUUUGGGGGCCUGCGGGUACUGAAAUUACCUUCUCUCGAUGCAACUCCACGGACGUGGCGAGUAUUGAGGAGUAAGAUACUUCAAGACUCACUUGAGUUACAUACAAGGCGAAAGGAGGCUCAAGUAGCAUUCUCGGCACCUCACCUCACGGCCUUCUUUCAUGCGGCGUGUGAUCACUUUUGUACAGAUAUUGUUUCCCCUUUUAAUUUUAUUAGGGCAUCCCGCGUUGCUAACCCAGUUCCAACGGAAUUGCCAUCUAACCUGACAACAUUCUUAAGUCUGGUAGAUGAUUCUCGGAUACUAAACUUUGCGGUACCGGUUAUCGCCUCUGCAUUAGUGUACAAUAGUUACCUUGAUAGGAUGCAUAGCUUUCUUCCGGCAUCGGUAUUCAAAUAUUUCUUCUACCAACUGUGCCUCUGCAUAGACCCAUUCGUAGCUAAGGGGUUACCCCCUGUAGAGUCCUCGCCACAGUUUACUACAGCGAUUGAAGCCUCUUUCUGUCAAUAUGCGUCGGAAGUUGCUAGUACCGCCUUAGAUGGGAUUACAGUACAUCGAAAAGUUCUCUCGAGAUUUCCAGACGUCUGGAAAAAUAUACAAAGCAAUGUUAUAUGCCUUUCUUGCUUGUCCAGGAGGCCAGAAGAUACAUUACAAUGCCGACACUCUCUGUGCGCUCCUUGUACGACAGCUCAUGGUCAAUCAGAUGAUGUGGAGCCUUGGACCUUUCAAGUUGACCAUUGUCCCCUCUGUAGAGAGCCCAACGGUAUUAAAUUUCACCACAAGCCCGAUACUGCAGGCGUGAGGGCGAUCAUUGCAGAGGGAGGAGGUAUCCGUGGUGUCAUUCCCUUGACAUUUCUGCAAGAGCUCGAAAAAGUUAUUGAUUUACCUAUGAAAGUUCAAGAGCAUUUUGACAUAGCGUUUGGCAGUAGUUCAGGGGGCUUGAUUAUACUAGGGCUAUAUUUUAAUCAGUGGAGCGUAGCACAGUGUCUUGAUCAGUUCCAGAGUCUCUCGACGCAAGCCUUCCAAAAGAGUACUUGGUUGAAUCUCAAACCCUUCAAGCUAGUCCGUAGCUUUCUUGAGGUCCUAUUAUCUUUUACUACCGACAGUAGGUAUAGCUCCACAGGGAUUAACAACGCUCUAAAAUCUGCAUUCGGAGAUAAUUCACCUUUCUUUGGGGGUUUUAGCGGCGGGACUAAAGUAGCAAUUGUGGCUUCUACAACACACGACUCUUCUACUUGUAUUCUCGCAAACUACAACGGUCAGGGAAGGCGGUCUCAGGAUUGUGGCUAUAAAUUUGUCCGACCUACUAGUAUUGGCAAAGAGCUUCUUAUUUGGCAGGCUGCGCGUGCAAGUACGGCGGCCCCAACUUACUUUAAAUCGUUUAAGGGUUAUCAUGACGGUGGAUUAGGUGGCCACAAUAACCCUAUCAACUUAGCUUUAUGGGAACAAGACACUAUAUGGUCACGCCAGAAGAAGCAACCCGAUGCUGUCCUCUCUCUUGGGACGGGAUUUAAGCGUCGCCCCGAUGUAGAUGAUGAGGUAGAGGAGAAUUUGUCGUUUUUCCGAGCGCGGAGAAACUCGAUGGCAGGAGCUCCAAAAUACCCUUUUGCCACACGUACGGGAGCGAUAUCACAGGAUGAAUAUCGAGUUUUAUGGCGACGAACCUGA